CGCACUGUGCUCUGUUGGCUGUUAGCGCGCUAGGCAGGGUUGUGACGGCUGUUGGAUGUUUGUUGGUGCUGCUUUUGUGGAGUGUUGAUGAGGUCUGAUGCUUGAUUUCGCGUCGUUUGGAUCCGGGCGUUAUGGGUUUUUGGUCGUCUGGUUCUUACAACGAGCGCGCUAGAGCGCGAUAGUUGAUAACAACGCGGUUGCUAUGGAUGCCACGCAAAAGCCGCUCCUAAUUCCUCCCGAUUUUGCUGUUUAUGCCGAGCGCCAUGGAUUAUUUCAAUUGUACGAGAGAAUGAUGCAAGAACUAAUUGUUUCUCAACCGGAGGAUCCUCUGGAGGCAAUGCUGGCUAUACUGAAACGGCCCAGUGACGAUGUACCAACGAUCGUAAUUCACGGACCUCCGGCAGCUGGAAAACGAACUAUGUGUAAGCUGGUUUCGCAACGAUUACGGUGCGUGCACGUUGUCCCGGAUGAGUUGCUACGCGACGAAGACUCAUUGAUUGCUCAGGAGGCACAGAGUCAGCUGUUGAAGGGCAAGGUCCAAGACAGGACGUGGGCUGAAUUGAUUAAGGAGAGAGUGAUGAAGAGUGACUGCCUCACAAAGGUAACCGCAAAGUCAGGAGACGAUGUCCUUCUGAAUGUGGUCAUCGAUAAUUAUUAACACUAACUAUCAACACCUGCCCGAGAGAUACUCAAACGUAAACCAU